GCGAAGUGCGCAGACUCCCCGGCCCGGCUCCGGUUCUGUCGGGACGCCGCCGAGCCCGCGACGUCGCCUCCCGGUGAGUGUCUGAGGGGGCCGCCAGGCCUUGUCCUUCCGCAGUGGCCGCGCCGGCAGCAGGGCGCUGCAGCCGAGUCCCGGCCGCGCUGUUUGGUAAACAGAAGCCCCAGCGUGCCCGGCGCGUGCAAGCCCUCGCUCGGCCCGGCCAGCCCCGGGCGUGAACCGAGCUGACGGAGGAUGGCAGCCUCCGGGGUGGAGAAGAGCAGCAAGAAGAAGACCGAGAAGAAACUUGCUGCUCGAGAAGAAGCUAAAUUGUUGGCGGGCUUCAUGGGCGUCAUGAAUAACAUGCGGAAACAGUGAUUUAAAUCCACCACCCAACUAUAGUUGAAUCUACAGUCUACUCAGGGAUUUAUACCCAGGGCCAACUUGAAAUCACGCUGGGCGGGACUGAUUGCAGAACCUUGUUGACAAGCUACAUAAAUCCGAAGAAAACAUUGUGUGAUGUGAUCCUUAUGGUCCAGGAAAGAAAGAUACCUGCUCAUCGAGUUGUCCUUGCAGCAGCCAGUCAUUUUUUUAACUUAAUGUUCACAACUAACAUGCUCGAAUCAAAGUCCUUUGAAGUUGAACUCAAAGAUGCUGAACCUGACAUUAUCGAACAACUUGUGGAAUUUGCUUAUACUGCUAGAAUUUCUGUGAAUAGCAACAACGUUCAGUCUUUGUUAGAUGCAGCAAACCAGUACCAGAUUGAACCUGUGAAGAAAAUGUGUGUUGAUUUUUUGAAAGAACAAGUUGAUGCUUCAAAUUGUCUUGGUAUAAGUGUGCUAGCAGAGUGUCUGGAUUGUCCUGAAUUGAAAGCAACUGCAGAUGACUUCAUUCAUCAGCACUUUACUGAAGUUUACAAAACUGAUGAAUUUCUGCAACUUGAUGUCAAGCGAGUUACACAUCUCCUCAACCAGGACACACUGACUGUGAGAGCAGAGGAUCAGGUUUAUGAUGCUGCUGUCAGAUGGUUGAAAUAUGAUGAACCUAAUCGCCAGCCAUUUAUGGUUGAUAUCCUUGCUAAAGUCAGGUUUCCUCUUAUAUCAAAGAAUUUCUUAAGUAAAACGGUACAAGCUGAACCACUUAUUCAAGACAAUCCUGAAUGCCUUAAGAUGGUGAUAAGUGGAAUGAGGUAUCAUCUGCUGUCUCCAGAGGAUCGAGAGGAGUUGGUAGAAGGCACGAGGCCCAGAAGAAAGAAACAUGACUAUCGCAUAGCCCUAUUUGGAGGCUCCCAGCCACAGUCUUGUAGAUAUUUUAACCCAAAGGAUUAUAGCUGGACAGACAUCCGCUGCCCCUUUGAAAAACGAAGAGAUGCAGCAUGUGUGUUUUGGGACAAUGUAGUAUACAUUUUGGGUGGCUCUCAGCUUUUCCCCAUAAAACGAAUGGAUUGCUAUAAUGUCGUGAAGGAUAGCUGGUAUUCCAAACUGGGCCCUCCGACACCUCGAGACAGCCUUGCUGCCUGUGCUGCAGAAGGCAAAAUUUACACAUCUGGAGGUUCCGAAGUUGGGAACUCAGCUUUGUAUUUAUUUGAGUGCUACGACACGAGAACGGAAAGCUGGCACACGAAGCCCAGCAUGCUGACUCAGCGCUGCAGCCACGGCAUGGUGGAAGCCAAUGGCCUGAUCUAUGUUUGUGGUGGAAGUUUAGGGAACAAUGUUUCUGGGCGAGUGCUGAAUUCCUGUGAGGUGUAUGAUCCUGCCACAGAAACAUGGACUGAGCUGUGUCCAAUGAUUGAGGCCAGGAAGAAUCAUGGACUGGUAUUUGUAAAAGACAAGAUAUUUGCUGUAGGUGGUCAGAAUGGCUUGGGUGGUCUGGACAACGUGGAAUAUUACGAUAUUAAAUUAAAUGAAUGGAAGAUGGUCUCACCAAUGCCAUGGAAAGGUGUAACAGUGAAGUGUGCAGCAGUUGGCUCUAUAGUUUAUGUCUUGGCUGGUUUCCAAGGUGUGGGUCGAUUAGGACACAUCCUUGAAUAUAAUACUGAGACAGACAAAUGGGUCGCCAACUCCAAAGUCCGAGCUUUUCCAGUAACAAGUUGUUUAAUUUGUGUUGUUGAUACUUGUGGAGCAAAUGAAGAAACACUUGAAACAUGAAAAGGGAAUGGACUUCAAGAUUUAUCGGAGACUCAAAAAUAUGGCCACCAGUGCUUUGUUCCAAGAGUUUGGUUACAAAGUUUUAGUUGGGUGUUUUGUUUUUUUAAAGGAAAUUUCAAGUAAAGUAAGAUCGCUAUAAAAUAGAUGUUUCUUUUAUAUGAAUUUCCUUAAUUCAAAGACCAUAUAUUAGCUGGCCACUUAACCAUGACAUAUCUAGCAAGAAAACUUGAAAAAUCAUAAGCAUUUGGUGAAAAUACGAAUUCUUGAAUGAAUUACACAUUUGUAACUAUGAUUAUGCAGAGUGGGGGAUUGGCUCAUCAGUGAAGCGGUCUCAUCUUAGCUCUAGAUUCUAUUUUCAUACAUCAUAGAAGUGCUCUGUAGUUAGGUCUAUUUGUUU